CGUCCCGGAUGGGCACAAGCACCAUGGCGGCGCCCGGGCUCUUGCGGGCAGCCACAGUGGCGCUGCGCACCGUUGCGGUUGCAGCAAGACCGUCUUCCAGCGUUCUGCGACUUUAUGGAACUCUUUCCGUCCCGGCCGCGAGGCCCCAAGAAGUCUCGGAUGGCACGAACGAGAGGCUUCUGGGAGAGCCCCUGAAACACGUGGAUUUCUUCAACGUGCAGGAACUCUUUUCUCUGCGGGACCUCUUUGACGCCCGGGUCCACCUUGGGCACAGGAAGGGCUGCCGGCACAGAUUCAUGGAGCCGUACAUUUUUGGCUGCCGCCUCGACCAAGACAUCAUUGACCUGCAACAGACCAUGCUGCACCUCCAAGCGGCCCUCAACUUCGCCGCCCACAUCGCCUACCGCCAAGGCGUCAUCCUCUUCGUCAGCCGCAACCGCCAGUUUUCCCAUCGGGUGGAGAUGGCCGCCAAGGAGUGCGGGGAAUACGCCCACACCCGCUACUGGCAGGGGGGCUUGCUGACCAACGCCAACAUCCAGUAUGGGCUGGGGGUGCGCCUCCCGGAUCUCAUCGUCUUCUUCUACACCCUCAACAACGUCUUCGAGACCCACCUGGGGGUCCGAGAUGCGGCCAAGAUGAACAUCCCCACCGUGGGCGUGGUGGAUACGAACUGCAACCCGUCCCUCAUCACCUACCCGGUCCCGGGGAAUGACGACAGCCCCUCGGCCGUGGAGCUGUACCUCAAGCUCUUCAAGAUGACCAUCAUGCGAGCCAAAGACAAGAGGAAGCAGAUGGAGGUGUUAUAUGGGCAGCCCGGCACGCCUACGAGCGGUUAAAGGGUCCUCCGCCACCCUCAAAAACUCAAGCGCUCACGGCGUUUAGCGUCACAAGAGCCAAAUUUACCAGCAAGUGCAUGUCGUAGAGCCCUUUCCCAAACCUUCCAGAGAUAAUGGACUACAACUCCAAGCACACCCCCAGCCAGCUGUGUUAUCUGGAGGGCAACAGGCAGAGGCAGGUAUGCUCCAUGACAGUCUUGCCCCCUUGAUUGUGCUGAAUCUGGAAUGGUGGUGAUCUGACCUGGGAUGUUACAAGGCUUGGGUCCAUGGGAAACUGUCCCCAAAUCUAUUUCCCAGGGCCCUGAGUUAGAUUUCCCACUGUCUAGAACAGCCUCACCCAAUGCCGGAGCCUUCCAAAUGUGUGAGGCUACGACUCCCAUGGCUGGGUGGGGGAUUCUGGGAGUGGUAGUCCAACACAACUGGAGGGCACGAGGUGGGGCCAGGCUGCUCUAGAACCUUCGAAAAGAUAGAAUGAGAGUUACAAUGGCAAGGGGUUGCGCUUCUGUAAAUUCCUGAGAGGUUGCUUUCUUUUCCUCAAGCUUUGGAAGAAAAUUGCAUGGCAUGUGUUUUGCUUCCCAAAUAAACAAUAAAAAGCAAUUGAUAUC